UCCUCAAUCCAAACACUGUUUCUACCCAUCCAGAAAGACAUUGAAGAUGACUUCUGAGUCGCCUCAAGGGGAUGUAGCAGCCUCUCAAGCGGAUGCAGGUGAUCAGACGGCCACGCCCGCUGGAGACAGUGCGAAGAGGAAAGCGGAACAGGCCAACGGAAACCAGACACGCACGAAGCGGAAUCGCUACAUUUCUAUUGCCUGUAAUGAAUGCAAGCGUCGCAAGAUCAAGUGCAAUGGCCAGGUGCCAUGUCAGCGCUGUGGGCACCUUAAUCUAGAAUGUCGAUAUGCUCCGAAUUGCUGCAAUAAUAGCUUCAAGGACUCGGAUGAGUUUCGGUCGAUGAAAGAUCAGAUUAGUACAUUGCAGGAGCAAGUCAAUAGUCUUUUCACCAAUCUCAAUGAUCUCCGUACCCAGAAGACGUCACUUGCUUCGCCGAACUUUGACGACUUGUCCCGCGAUGGAUCGCAGUCUGUUUUUACCCCAAUGCAUCCUGGCCUGGCAAAGCCGCGCAUAAGGCACCCUCGCUUUCACGGUCCAACAAGUUCUGCUUUCAACUUUGAUGUUGCGAAGUCGAGCUUACAGAACAUGGGUAUCAACCCAGCAGAGGAUGGGAUCACAGAUGAUCUAACCACGGCGCAUGCCACACCUUCUGGCUCCCCUCCUCCUGCCACUCUGGCUCCGGUCAUGCCUCCUAUACAUCCGACCAAAGAUCCGAUAUGGGCUGUAAAGAGAGAAGAAGCUCUACGACUAUGCAGGGUUUAUGAGGAAGAGAUUGGGAUUAUGUAUCCUUUGGUGGAUAUUGAAAAGGUUACCAACCAGGUUUACCUUCUCUAUACUUUCAUGGAAGCCGCUACACGAACUGGAUUUGCGCAGCAAGGGCUGCCUGGAGCAGAUGGUCUUCAGGAUGACAGCACGAAUCUUCUGAAAAUGAUACUUGCCACAACACUGGUCGUGGAGGGGAGUGGCCAGAGCAAGCUUGGUCAACGUCUUUACCAGAAUGUAAAACCGAUGAUUGAAUCCAAGCUCUGGGAGCCAUUAGACAUUAAAACCAUCCAGCUUUUUGGGAUAGUGGCUACCUAUCAUUUUCAUACUGAUGAUGACGCCAUGGCUUAUCGUGUGAUUGGCCUGGCCGCACGUAUGUGUCUCGAGAUGGGCCUCCACCGGCGAGAUGCGUUGAUCAAGUCUUUCCCCAAUGAGAGUCAAUGGUCUGAUGUCACCAAAAUCUUUUGGACAAUCUAUAGCCUGGACAGACGUUGGAGUCUUGGAACAGGGCUACCAUUUGUAAUCCAAGACGAGGAUAUCGAUCCUAAUCUACCUGAACCGGACGCAUCAAUGCCAUAUCUCAGGUGCAUGAUUUCAUACAAUCGAAUUAGCUCGAAGAUUUGGUACUCUGGUCUUGGGUCCGAUGGAGCGGCGGACAUUCGACGCGAUGAGAUUGGCUAUCUGGACUACCAAGUUCUUCAAUGGUACAAGCAGGUACCAGAUGGACUUAAAUUCUACCCGGGGGAGUCUCCAAAACAUGGGGAGUCUGCCAGUCGAAGUCUUCGAAGGCUACGAGUGCUAUUAUACUUACGAAUGAAUCAACUUCGGAUUCUCAUAUAUCGACCGGUGCUUCAUUCAGCGGCUAGCAUUAUCGAAGACCGGGGUCACGCACAGACAGUGGUUGAUGUCGCAAAAGAUACUGUGCGCGUGCUCACCCGGCUUAACCAGACCUCUGAUAUCUAUCGGACGCAGCAGGUCUGUUUCAAUUACUUCCUUGUUGCCGCCCUAGGGGUGCUCUUCCUAGCAGUAUGUCAUGGGCCGACAGAAUUUAACCGAGAGGUUCGGGAUGAAUUCUACAUGGCGCUAGAUCUGAUCAACGGAUUCAGCACAAAAUCAUACGUGUCCAAACGGCUCUGGAAAACGAUCAAGGGGCUGAGGAUGAUUGGUGAGAAGCUGGGCGUGUUGGUCCGCCCUUUUGGCUCCGACUCCAACGACCCUCAUUCGACGGCGGCUGUGGCCAUGGCCGGUCUGGCAGGCCACCCUAUCGAGGAUCUUUCUGUGUAUGGAUCCAUGAACGGGGUCAACGAGCUGGGAAACAGCCCACUGAACGGGCUGCAGAUGAGCCACGAGCUCACGAACUUGUUUGAAGCGGUUGGUGGCUUCAACAGCUUCAUUGCAUCUAGCACUGGAGCCGAUGGUAUCAACGGGUUUGUUGGUCAUGAUGGAGAAAUUCAAAACACAGGGGAAGGGUUGUCUGGGGUUCUAGGUGAUGAUGGUGAGUUAUCACGGGUCAUUCGAGACCUGUUUUGAGGAGUUGCCUCUUCCGG